AUGGUUAUGAAAGCAACUAGAGUAACUGCGCUUGAGGUCGGAGACAGCCAGAAGCGCGCCUCCAAAGUUGCUAAAAUUGAAGCAAAGGCGAACAUCGGCGUAAAGGUGGACGCUAGUACGGCUUCACUGCCAGAAAUUAUCGAGCUCAGUUCGGAUUCUGAGACAGGUGAAGAGCCUGAAAAGCCCGGAACCAACAAGAAAGCACGACCCAAAACUAUGCUGCUCCACCUGAAGCUCCAUCAGCCACAUAGACCUCCUGCAAACUCCCCAGCUACGGAUCGCACCCCACUGUGGAUAAUCCCAAAGGCGGACUCCCCGAACAGCAUAACUGAUUUGAAGCCUGGCCUCGAGCACGUCGCCCAUGAGACCGAUACGAAGGCCGAAGAGAUCCAACGUCUACGGCGAGAUCUGCAAGCGGCUACUGAAAGAGUUCACCGUCUAGAGCAAGAGUUGGAAAAAGAAAAGGCCAACGCGAGUUUGGAAAGGCAAAAUCUGCAGAUAAAACACGACCAGGAGGAGUCGAAGUUUACUCAAGGUCUCGAGGAUGAGAAGGUGAGAUCGCGUCGUCUUGAUGGGCAGGUGCAGGAUAGCUUUGUCAACAAUACGAAGCUGCAGAGUGAGCUUCGAGCGUUGCGAAAUCAAUACGAUCAAGAGAGACAAGAGCGCAAGGAGGAGCAGCGAAGACAUGCAGAAGUACUGGGCGACAUCUUGAAGCCCAAGGCUGAGGAGAAGAACCUGACCGAAGAGAUUAAGCAAGUGAAGGAGGACAACGCACGCCUAUCCGCGGAGAACAUUAAUCUCAAGGCGAACGCAGUACCGUCACAGAAUUGCGCAAUCCUCUCACCAGUCCCAUCCUCCAUCUCAUCCGCCGAUGAUGAUAGGAAGGAAGAUAAUAUCCGGAAGAUCUACAUCAAAACGAAACGCCAAUACGAUGUUCUGCUAGCGGCGACAAAAAACCUCCUCACAUGCACCCGAUCGAUGGAUCUGAGCUGUUUCGGCGAAUUUGGGAGUUACGUAGCCAAACUCAGGAAGGCACUGGAAGGAGAGGCCAGUUCAAGAAGUGAUCGAGCGCAGAUAGUGUUCAAGGAGGACGACGAUAUUUCUUUUGGCAGCCAGAGCUCAAGGCAACACGGCCUUGGUCACGAAGACAUGAAUUCAUCCAAGCCUGUGCGUCGGCCUGGAAGGACAAAGAAGCACUCACGCGCAGAACAUCUCGAAAGCGCAAAGCUCAGCCGUACUGGCACGAUUUCCCUACUCACGCUCUACGUCUUGCCCAUGGACACAGUGUAUCUCACCGACAUUGACAGCCUGGGUGCAGCCGGCUUCUACACACCAGCUCCUAUUACUUCAGCAACAGCAACAUUACCAGACCCCGUAUCCGCAACAGCAGCUGGAAAGCAGACAUGUCCCACUGAGCCAGUACUGACCCUCAAGUCCGUCUUGGAGUCACCCACCAUACUCAAAGUCUUCUUCGACGUGCGUAACGACUCCGACGGACUCUUCGCUCACUUUGAGAUUGCACUAAAGUGCGUCGAGCAUCUGCAGCUCAUGGAACUCGCCACUCGGUCCCGCAAACCACGCCAUCAUCUAGUUGGUCUAGCAUGGUGCAUGGAACAUAACAACGGCAUGUCAUCUGAGGCUCGGAGGUACGCUGGGAGUGUCAAAAAGCAGGGGAUCAAGCUGUUUUGCCCGGGGAAAGGUGGAUCGUAUGCCGUCUUCGCUGAACGUCUGUUACAGCCCAUCGUCUUGGAGUAUUGCGUGCAAGACGUGGUGCACAUGCCCAAGUUGUGGAAAACAUAUCAUGCAAGGAUGGAUGCCUUUUGGAAGGUCAUGGUCAAGGAGGCGUCGGGAACAAGGAUUGCGGAGAUUCAAAGCAUUUCCACGACCUCGCGCAAUGCCCAGCCCUUGGACAUUCUUUUCUCGCUCAUUGACACUGCCGCGACGACCGGCGAUGGCAGAUACACUCUCACUUCGUGCACUGUCCAUGCUUCUCCGCAUACUGCUUGA